AUGCACAAAUGAAUUCUCUCCAAGUUGCUCUUAUAAAAGGGGAAAUGCAGAAGCUAAGCUGGCACAAGGACAUGCGUUAUUUAUAGCUGGCGCCAUCGAUCUCUCCUUCACGUCAAGAUCAAGAAGAAACGCAUUGCUCGAUCCCGUCUCCCCUCCGCCCUCCACCUCCAGAGUCUGCACUUCCCAGAAAACUUGUCGUCUCCAUCCUCAGCGCACGAUGUGCUGCGGCGAGACCGAAGCCACGGCCGCGGCGGCGCGCGGGCCACCGCCGCACGUCGCGCUGCUCUCGUCCCCGGGCAUGGGCCACGUCGCGCCGCUGGCCGAGCUGGCACGCCGGCUGCACGACGCGCAUGGGUUCACCGUCACCGUGCUCACCUACGCCAGCUCCGACUCCGCCGCGCAGCGCGCCUUCCUCGCGUCCCUGCCGCCGGCCGUCGGCGCCGCGUCCCUCCCGGCCGUCCCGCUCGGCGACCUCCCCGCCGGCGCCGCCAUCGAGACGCUCCUCUCCGUCGAGGCGCAGCGCUCCGUCCCGGCGCUCACUGCGGUGCUCUCGGGCCUCAAGUCCACGACCAACCUCGUCGCGUUCGUCGCCGACCUCUUCGGCGCCGACACGCUGCGGGCGGCGCGCGACGCCGGCGUGCCGGGGUACCUCUUCUUCCCGUCCAACCUCCUCAUGCUCUCGCUCAUGCUCCACCUCCCGCGCCUCGACGCCGAGGACGCCGCCGAGUUCCGCGACCUGCCGGGGCCCGUCAGGCUCCCCGGCUGCGUACCGGUGCCCGGCGCCGACAUCCUGCAGCCGCUCCAGGACCGCGCCAGCGACGCGUACCGGUGGAUGGUGCACCACGGCGAGCGGUACCGCGACGCGGCCGGCAUACUGGUGAACACGUUCGACGCCGUCGAGCCCGGCGCCGCGGCCGUGCUCCGCCAGCCCGAGCCGUGGCGCCCGCCGGUGUACCCGAUCGGCCCGGUGACACGGCAGGCGACCGACGGCGCCGCCGCCGACGCCACCGGCUGCAUCGACUGGCUCGACGCGCAACCCGAGAGGUCCGUGUUGUUCGUGUCGUUCGGCAGCGGCGGCGCGCUGUCCACGGCGCAGACGCGCGAGCUGGCGCGCGGGCUGGAGCUGUCCGGCCACCGGUUCCUCUGGGUGGUUCGGAGCCCCAGCGACGGCGGCGCCAACCCGGGUGAGAGCUACUACGACGGGUCGAGGAGCAAGGACGACCCGCGGCGCUUCCUUCCCCCGGGGUUCGCGGAGAGGACGAAGGCCCUCGGCCACGUGGUCCCCUCGUGGGCCCCGCAGACCAGAGUCCUCGCCCACCGCGCCACCAAGGCGAUGCUGACGCACUGCGGGUGGAACUCGGUGCUCGAGAGCCUCGCGGCCGGAGUGCCGAUGAUCGCGUGGCCGCUGUACGCCGAGCAGAGGGAGAACGCCGUCAUGCUGUGCGAGGAGACCAAGGUGGCGCUGAGGCCCGAGGUCGGGGGUUCGGACGGGUGCUUGAUCCUCGCCGGGGACAUCGCCGAGGUGGUGAAGGAGAUGAUGGACGGCGAGAAGGGCGAGGCGGCGCGCGCCAAGGUGGCGGAGCUCAAGGCGGCGGCGGCGAGCGGGCUGGAGCCCGGUGGCGCGUCGUACGAGACGCUCGCUAAGGUCGUCAGCGACUGGAAGGCAGCGUCCGGCUCAAGCUGACUGGAAUCGGACGUUCCUUCUCAGAAAAUCGUGAAGCAUGGCGAUCGAUCUUCGACAGAGAAAGAAUGCGCAACAAGAAUUGUAAUGGUGUUCGUGUGCUUGUAAAAUCGUGGUAACCAUUGAUCGGUUCCGUGUUUUUUCUGAACGAUCUGUCAUCAAAUCUGAAGUUUGUGUUGCUCUUUCA